GGUUCUUAUCUUUUGAGUUCAGAAAAGCUCAGAAAUAAAGUUUAGAGACUUCUAUACACAUCAAAAAGAAUAGCAUUUUGGAGCUGAGAGAUAUAUUAUGGAAGAGAGAAUGUCAGGCUUUUGCAUUACAAAAGCAAGAAAUCAUGUUCGUGGUGAUGAUGAUAGUGGUAAUAAUUGUAGCACGGGAACUAAGUGCGGGCGUUGGAAUCCUACUUCUGAACAAGUUAAAGUUCUGACUGACUUGUUCAGGUCCGGACUCCGAACUCCGAGCACUGAUCAGAUCCAGAAGAUCUCUUCUCAGCUUAGUUUCUAUGGCAAGAUCGAGAGCAAGAACGUGUUUUACUGGUUUCAGAACCAUAAAGCCAGGGAAAGGCAGAAGCGGCGAAGGGUUUCGGUCGAUGAGAAGGAGAUGAUGAUUCGGAGAGAAGAUAGUCUUUCAUCUUCUGCAAGAUAUUUCUCUGAGAUGAGUCAGGUUACUGUGCAAGAACGAGUGAUUGAAACACUCCAACUAUUUCCAUUAAACUCAUUCAAUGAAGGGGAAUCAGAGAAGCUUAGAUUUCAAGCAAAUGAAUGCAAGGAACCCACAUCUUUUUCCUACACAUUUGGUACAGAAAUUGAUCAUCCACCAUUGGAUCUCCGAUUAAGCUUUCUGUAAAACGAUCUUGGAUUGUUUUAGCUAGGGUUAGCAUGAAGGGUUAGUACUUAGAUGGGAUUGUAAGAUAAAAAAUGGUGGCUUAAAAUUAAAAAGCUUUAAUUAGUCGUGAUUGUAUAAUUGUUGUUUUAAAAUAUUAGAAAAGCUUCAACAUUCCCAUCUGCAUGCUCAUAAAUACAUUGUUUAAUCUCUCUGUGUUUA